AUGAAAGAGGGGUUGCUUGAGAAUUCUAGGUUCGUAUUUGAUCAAGAGACCCUCCUCACCGUUUCUAAAACCUGCCUCUUCUUCCCCGGCGAUGGCUUCACUGUCUACGACUGCAAGGGCCAACUCGUCUUCCGGGUCGACUCGUACGGCCCCGACCCGCGCGACAGAAGCGAAGUCGUCCUCAUGGACGCCCACGGCCGCUGCCUCCUCACUGUACGCCGCAAGAGGCCGAGUCUGCAUCAACGGUGGGAAGGGUUUGAGGGGGAGAGAACGGACGGCCAGAAGCCCAUCUUCAGCGUGCGAAGGUCGUCCAUAAUCGGACGGUCCAGCAUGACCGUGGAGGUGUACGGAGACCCAGGCGAGGAGUACCAGAUCGAGGGCUCAUUUGCGCAGAGAUGCUGCACGAUCUUCAAUGCGGAGAAGGAGUCAGUGGCUGAGAUUCGACGCAAAGUGGAUGCUUCCACCCACGUGGUGCUUGGGAAGGACGUUUUCUCUCUCUGCAUCAAGUCCGGGUUUGAUGGGGCCUUUGCUAUGGGAUUGGUGCUCGUCCUUGAUCAGAUCAACGGUGAUGAUUAUGGGGAUGAUGGUAUUGAGAUGGACCCUACCGCAGAGGGUUAG